CCCAGCCGCCUGGCGGAUGUGACGUCCUGGGCCGCUAGGUUGCUGCGCAGUUCUCCGGAGAGCAGCAGCGAACGAGAGACAGCCUGGAAGGAGCCGCCGGGAGGGACCUGUAGUGAAAUAGCAGCAGCCGCGGCAGCCGCUCCAGGCUCGGCCCCCUCCCGCCUCAGCCACCGAGAGCGAGAGAGCCACAGCCGGGCCGGCGCCGCCGCUGCGACAAACCGCCGCAGUCUCUUAUUGAAAUCAUGAAUCCUGUCUAUAGUCCUGGAUCUUCUGGGGUUCCCUAUGCAAAUGCCAAAGGAAUUGGUUAUCCAGCUGGAUUCCCAAUGGGCUAUGCAGCUGCUGCUCCUGCCUAUUCUCCUAACAUGUACCCUGCAGCAAAUCCUACAUUCCAAACAGGUUAUACGCCAGGCACACCAUAUAAAGUUUCCUGUUCACCCACAAGUGGGGCAGUGCCUCCCUAUUCUUCAUCGCCCAAUCCCUACCAAACUGCAGUGUAUCCGGUUCGAAGUGCCUAUCCACAGCAGAAUCCAUAUGCACAGCAAGGCACUUACUAUACACAGCCUUUAUAUGCAGCACCACCCCACGUAAUUCAUCAUACUACAGUUGUGCAGCCCAAUGGAAUGCCAGCAACUAUGUAUCCAGCACCAAUUCCACCCCCUAGAGGAAAUGGUGUCACUAUGGGAAUGGUGGCUGGGACCACAAUGGCAAUGUCAGCAGGUACCUUGUUGACAACACAUUCCCCAACUCCUGUAGCCCCACACCCAGUUACAAUGCCUACUUAUCGGGCCCCAGGAACUCCAACUUAUAGCUAUGUGCCCCCACAGUGGUGAUUACCAGGCAGUGUUUAGAGAUGGGAGAUAUGCAAUCAAGUAACUGAGGUUUAAAAGUUGGUGCUGAAGCCCUCAUGCCUCCAACCAGGACUUAUUUCUUCUGAUGCUUGCAACCCUUUGCUAAACACUAAUUCCAGAUCACUGAAGAUUUCCCAGUGCUGCAUAUCUUACAUCUUGGAACUCCAGGAGUUAGUCUUAAAGCAAAUCCUGUUUUGUGGACUGUCUUGCAAUUUUUUAGCUAAUUAUAAUGAUUAAAGGGAGUAUAAAUUUAUUGAUCAUAUCUAGUUGAAUGCAUGUUUAAGAAACACACAAAGCUUGCUCAAUCUACCUGCUGUGACUGAUGCAAAAACUGUCAUAUGCAAAAUCCAAAGGAGCCGAGAAGUAUUUUACAAUUUGUUUUACUAAUGCACUGUUGUAAUGUAUGCAGGGUCUUAAAAGGUAGAAUUGUGAAAGUGAUUCUUUUUUCAUAGAAAAACCAUACUAUACAUUAGGAAGUGCUUUAACCUUUUAAGGUUGAUGAAGGCACCAGUUGAAGGGGGCACCAUAAAGUGACAUUUUCCUUUCCUAGUUCAUUGACUGGAAAAGGAGUUUGUAGUUUGUAGAAAUCUUACAGAGGAUCAGUUUACCAUGCAUACCUAUUCCAUUUCCUUUUUUUCCUUUUUGAUUCAGUGUUACAUGGACAUUCUUAAGGAUAAGAAUUAAAUUAUACAAAAAUGUUGUACCGUCAUCAGUGAACAAAAGCAGCUUGUCUUGCUGUCUGGAUCAUCAAGGCAUACUUACUUUGUUAGAUUAUUAGGUGGAAAACUGUCUACACAGUGGUUUACCUCCUAGAAAAAUCACUGAUUCAGAUGAUUGCUGUUAUGUUCAGAAAAUUUCCACACUGCCAGUAGAAUCAAAUUCCAUUUGGCUUCAAAUUUUGCCCCGCCCCCCCCCAGAACAUACUAGUCCUUUCCAGCUGAAAAUGUUGCAGUUUAGACCAGUUUGCUUUUGUAAAAUGUACUAAUGCCAGAAUAUUUCAGUCAGUAGGAAGGAAUUCAACUAUGUGUUCUGAAGUAAGUUUCCAUGUUUAAUAUUUAAAGGGGAACAAAUAAUUUUAAACGGCUUUUUUAUUGGAUUGAUUUCCUUGCAGCAUAGAUUAUGAACAAAGUGUAGCAAUGAGCGGUUGUCAGGACACAAGAGUUUUUCUGCCCCCCCCCCCCAAAAAAAUUGUUACUAAAUUAGAAAAUGAUCGAGUAUAGAGGUAUUCAUUGGUGGCAGUAUUUUUUUUUUGUGUUAAACUUUGCAUAACCUCUUUUUGCCUACUAAAAUUGCAUUUGGAAAACUGAGUUAAGGAAGCAGAUGCAGUAUUUCAUUGCAAAGAACCACUUCUGAACUCUGCUACAGCUUGAGUUUUUACAGAAGUACCUCAGUCAAUGCUCUGGGGAUAUAGGGCUAGUCUUGGAACCUUAUUUGUGUACCAAAAUCAUUAUGAUCCUGUAUUUUUUUUAAAGUUUCAUUGCUAAAUGCAAUCAAGGGCUUUCUUUAAAUUGGCAUAAUUUAACAUACAGUAAUCGGACAUUUAUUUUCCCAGUACUUGUUGCCAGCAAUAAAUUUGUGCAGUAAAUGGUUAUAAACGCCAUUCCCUUUUAAAAGUUAAUGAUUUCUGUGUAGUAUUUUGGUAGUACAUUCACAAGGCUUUUAAAAUUGUGAAAUAUGAGUGUCCUUUGCUUUAUUUUGGAGUGAUAUACUGGGGGUGAUCAGUCUUUUAAUCAGAUUUGGUAGCUACUCCUGUGUAGCAUGCUUGCUGAUUUUAAUGCUGCUCUCCCGUCCUUUCCUGGGGUAGGAGGCUUCUGCACCUCACACCCCAGUUGAGGCCAGGGCCUUGACGGCUUAACUUUUUUGCAAUAAGCACUCUUCAUAUAUUUUUUUACUUUAGGUUUUAUAAAGUUUAUUUUCCAUGGACCCAUCCCAUCCAAAAGCCUUUAGCACAACAAAAAGUAAAGUUACUUUAAAUCUUAGUCUUGAGAACCUUCUGUAUAGAAGACCUUCUUUCCCCUACCAUUUGAAUCUGUACUGCUUAGGAUGAGUCUGCUUAGCUAUUCUCUUUGAAGAAUCAGUUCACAAAGUGCUCCACAGGCUAGUGAUAAUUUGAUAUGGACAGAUGUCCGAUUUAGCAAAUUUCAAGUUUAAAAAAAAUAUCUCUGGCCAUGUAGAACAAUUGAGUUUUGAAACAAGGCUAUGCUGAAAUGAAAACCAAUGAAUACAGCACCUCUUUCACUCUCUUGGCAUAACUACCCUGAACGCCUUCUGCUCAUGCAGCACUUUGUGAAUGGUAAGGACAACAUUAUAAUUUAUUUUUCUCCUAUUUCACAUUUCUAAAUGCUUCCUCUUACUUUCUGUACACCAUAGUAGUUGCAGCCUUUAGGUGAUCUAAGUUGAGCACUUUCUUCUAAGUUGUGUUAUGGGAUCCAUCUGCAAGGGAGGAAUAGUACUUAUUGCAAAAGAUCACUGCACCUUCCAGAACUUCUAAUCUGUGGGUGGGAGGGAGAGGAGAGGGCAUUUUACUGGAGGUGGCCCUAUGCUUCCAGUAGACUCACUAGGGAAGUAACCAAAAGCACAGUGACGAGGGGUGUAUAUAGCUUGGUAUAUUGUUGCAAAUAAUAAAAAGCAUGAAUAUGAAACUGAAAGUUUGUACUUCAAAUGGGGUUACAGACAGCAGGGGGAUGUUGUGGAUCUUCUGCUGCUGCUCAUUCCACUCCCGAUGUAGAAUUCCUGUGGGGAGGGUAUGCGUGCGCGGGUGUGUGUGUGUUGUAAAAUCUCAGAUUCAUCGUAUGUAGCUGUGUUGGAACUCCCCAGAAAACUUUAAAGGGGAAUUUAAUGCAGUAGAGACAAGGCUCAAAUCAAGCUGCUGUCAAGUGAAUGCAGCCAAUAUACUUAUCAACUUAGAACUGAAUUAAAAAAUCAGCAAUAACAAAACAAAAGUCUUGGGUUUCACUUCAGACAUGCGUUUAAACAAUAUUGAAGGUAUAGAGGAGAUUCCAAAAAUAGGUAACACACAGUGUAGUCUAGAGAAUUAUUCCAGUCUAAACCCACUGAAAUAAAUGGAUUUAGAUUGGAGUAAUUCUGUAUAGGAUUGGGCAGAUAGUAUCCUAAGUGUGUAUCUUAAAAAAAUAAAUUGCAUUCUGUGGAACUGCUCUUUGCCCAAAAGCUAGUAGAUGUAACAGGUGUUAGCACUAACCAAAUAAGAGGAAGCUAAUAAAGCCUCCAUUAAUCCUGGCUAUAAAUGUUGAACUAGAAACCGUUGUUGAGGAUACACAGAUUCUAAGAAAUACUCUGAGAAAUUUAUAAAGCAAGCAUAAAAGGUGUGUUUGGUGUUGUGAUCGUGAUGGGGUUGGGGAGGAAGGGGAUUCACAGUAGCUGGAUUUCUGAAACUGAAAAGCCACUUAGAGUUCUAAUUUUUCUGACUAAAACUCAUGGUACACCAUUCACAUCAAAACAUUUCAUUGUCAGUUGGCUUCUCCAACCAGUGUUAAUCUCUGUGGUGAAAUUAGAAUUGGCAGGGCAGAACGUUUACUUGUUUCUGUAACAAGAACUUCCUACUUCUUGACCACUGUAUUUUUAAGCAGCUUUAACUUUGUCCUGGUUAAAAUGCAGGAAUCUUGGAGGGGUUAUCUUGUUAUAUAUGGAACAGAGUAUUUGUGAAAUCUGCUUAGAUGGAAACAUCAGGUUGACAUUUUUAGAUGAAUAUCCAGUCUUUAGUGGCUACUUCUGAAAAAAGCAUUGGUUUAAAAAAAAGCUUUAAUGUUCCUGCUGGUCAGUCGUGUCACUAUAUGAACUCCCUGAUAGAUGUGAGGAUUGGCAUAGCCUUUUGCAUUGGGUUACUCUGCUAGGAACCAUCAAGGGAUGUGAACCUGUCCAGGUAGUAAACAAAUACCUUUUCUGUCUUUGCAUGUUGAACACAACACCCACAAAUCCAGAGCUUUGUGUGAGUGUUGAUGCACAUGUGGAACUUCUCUGAAAGCCUUGUUUCCCAGUUGACUUCAGUGAAGGGAAAGCUUUUGUGUUACCUGUUGCUCUCAAUAUGUGAAGCUUAUUCCCCUCCUUCCCCCCUCCCGUUUGCCAUUUGCCAUGGAUCUAGAAAUGCAGGCAGAGGAGUUCCAUGUGUGCAUUGAAACAUCUGUGAAGAUCCUUUUGGUCAGGGUGCAGACAGAAAGAAGGUCAAUAUUAUAACAAAGUUAAAAGCCUAUUUUGCAUUAGUGUCUCAGAUUUGAGGGUUUAAGCUUUGUCUUUUUCAGGCUAUUUGAACGGGUUUUACAGCUAAUAAUAGGAAGUUAAGGUGGGAGAGACAGGAGCAUCUGACCCUUUCUAAUGUGAUAGAAAAUUUGAGUGUAUCAGGAGCCAGUUUAACAUAUCAAGGUAUUCUGAACAGUUUAACCUCUAAUUAUCCAGCAUCAGUGUCUGUGUGACUUGUUUCCAAUCUGGUGUGACUUUUUGAGCACUUAGCAAGCAAACUGGAGAAGCUUCAUUUAGCUUGCUGCUGUACAGACUUGUUUUUAGUAGAACGGAUCUGUUAGUGGGAUUUUAUUGUAGUGCUAUUAUUGGCUGCCCUUGUGGGGUGAAAGGGGGAGUGCAUGCAACAGAGGUUCAAGAGGCCCCAGUAAUAGUGUUUGUUAUAAAAUAGGCACAGGUUUCCUUUUUUGAUAACUUUUUUUAAGAAGAAAAACUGUCUUAACAGUUGUAUUGGUACUUUUUUCCAAGUUUAGGUCAAUGUUGUCUUCCAGAACAAGUUUAAAGCAUCACAUCUGCAUUGAACUAUUGCAUCAACACUUAAGAGUGGCAAUUCCAUUCUGAGCCAAUUGUGUAAAAUUCAUUUUUAUUUUUAUGCAAUCCAAUUAGUAGAUGAGCUCAGAGUUAAAUUCUUAAAAGCACGUUUAUGU